CUCACUCCCUCUCCCGCCUCUCCAGCGCCCAGUGGGGGCGGGGGGCUGUCCCAGUCCGGUACCCCAGCCUCCUCCCAGCCUGCCGCACCUGCCCCGCCUUCCAGCCCCGAGCCGGCUGGCGCGGCGCAGGCGCACCAGGCGUGGACCGGAGGCCGAGAGCUACCAGGGCAGCUUCGGCCUCCGCCUCCUGCUCCCGCAUCCGCGCGGGGGCUGGUCGGCAGCCACCCGGGCCGCGCUGGGCAGGGGCCGCGCGUUGUCAUGGGCGCGGGCUGGAGCACCGAGGAGGAGCGGCAGCCACUGCUGGGGCCCGGACUCGGGCCUGCGCCGGGGACUGUCUGGAGAAGCCGGGAGGCGGCGGCGGCGGGGCUGCCCGCGGCGAUCCCGGGUCCCGGGCGGGUGUACGGGCGCCGCUGGCUGGUGCUGCUGCUCUUCUCGCUCCUGGGGUUCGCGCAGGGCCUGGUCUGGAACACCUGGGGCCCCAUCCAGAACUCGGCGCGCCAGGCCUACGGCUUCUCCAGCUGGGACAUCGCGCUGCUCGUGCUGUGGGGGCCCAUCGGCUUCCUGCCCUGCUUCGCGUUCAUGUGGCUCCUGGACAAGAGAGGUCUGCGGGUAACUGUGCUUCUGACAUCCUUCCUUAUGGUUUUGGGAACUGGUCUAAGAUGCAUACCUGUAUCAGACUUACUGCUUAAAAGAAGAUUAAUCCAUGGAGGACAGUUGUUAAAUGGAUUGGCAGGCCCAACGGUAAUGAAUGCAGCUCCAUUCCUGUCCACAACGUGGUUUUCUGCAGACGAACGGGCCACUGCCACAGCCAUCGCGUCGAUGCUCAGUUAUCUUGGUGGAGCAUGUGCGUUUUUAGUCGGGCCUCUUGUUGUUCCAGCCCCCAAUGGGACGUCACCUCUUCUUGCUUCCGAGACUAGCAGGACCCACAUUAAAGAUCUCAUAGAGAUUGUAUUGUAUGCAGAAUUUGGCGUUGUCUGCUUACUGUUUUGUGCCACACUAGCUUAUUUCCCACCCCGGCCUCCACUUCCUCCCAGUGUUGCUGCAGCUAGCCAGCGGCUGAGUUAUCGGCGGAGCUUUUGUAGAUUAUUAAGCAAUAUGAGAUUUUUGAUGAUUGCUUUAGCAUAUGCCAUACCACUUGGUGUAUUUGCUGGCUGGUCUGGAGUUCUGGACUUAAUUUUAACACCAGUGCAUGUCAGUCAAGUAGAUGCUGGCUGGAUUGGAUUUUGGUCCAUAGUUGGAGGCUGUGUUGUUGGAAUAGCAAUGGCAAGGUUUGCAGAUUUUAUCAGGGGCAUGCUGAAACUAAUUCUUCUCCUCCUGUUUUCUGGGGCUACACUGUCAUCCACGUGGUUCACCCUGACCUGUUUGAACAGCAUCACACACCUGCCUUUAACCACAGUGACAUUAUACGCCUCCUGCAUCCUCCUGGGAGUGUUCUUGAAUAGCAGUAUACCUAUAUUUUUUGAGCUUUUUGUGGAGACUGUCUACCCAGUUCCAGAAGGAAUUACUUGUGGAGUUGUCACUUUUUUAAGUAAUAUGUUCAUGGGAGUACUUUUAUUUUUCCUUACAUUUUAUCACACAGAGUUGUCUUGGUUCAACUGGUGCCUUCCCGGGUCGUGUUUGCUCAGUCUUCUCCUCAUUCUGUGCUUCAGGGAAUCCUAUGACAGACUCUAUCUUGAUGUGGUGGUCUCAGUUUAAUAGCGCAGACUUGAAGGAGUUUGAAAAGGGACUGAAAACCAUACGGCAUACUGCACAUUUGCUUGGAGUUGCACACCUAACAGGAAAUAAAAGGAGAAGAGAGAAACUUCACUCAGAGGUUUUGUCAGGUUACAGAUGACCACAUUCAUUUCAUGACUACUAGGUAACAAUAAUGUGGGACUUGAGUGAUAAUAGGGGACUUAAAGACUCUAACUGGCAUACCCAUGCCUGGUUCUGGGGUUGGAAGUGCGGAUCUCUUACACAUAAAGCACUACCUAAGUAACGCCCUCUAUAUUCUGUGCCAGUGCUAAACUACUGAUUGAUUGAUUAAUUGUAAUUAUGGGAAGAAAUAAAGGGUAUCUAUCACAUACCUUACUGAAGCCACAUAUCAGAAUAGGAAGAAAUGCCACUAACUUCUAAAGAAGUUUAAGCCCUAUAUCAGAUUUUAAUUAUAAAAUAGCCAACAGGUAUAUCGAUGAUAAAAUUUAGCCACAUGUACACUACGUUUUUUCUAAUAAAGCCAUUUCUUAUGUGACUCCUUAUUUUUAAUUAGGUCGGAAACCUUUAAUUAGGCCAUCUUUAUUAUGGUGAACAGGUGCUUCCCAGUGAUUUCAGAGCACAUACUUUGUGUCUCAAUCUCAACUUAUCCUUGUUUCUGUGAAAUACAAUUUCAUCUACUAGGCUCUUAAAUAAUUAUAUUAAAGGUGACUAAAUGUUUAAUAUAGUCGCAUUAAGUAUUGUAUGAAAAAUGUAAUUCCGUUCUGAUUUAGCACUUUGUUAAAAGUGAAACGACAAAUCCCAUAGAACAUUCUGUGUCUUCAGCAUAUAUAUAUGCAUAUGUACAUGGUGGCAUGGGAUAUAAAUCCAGCACCAGCUAUUAGUUACUCGGGUUGCGUUUUAUUAAAUGGCCCAUGUUUGAAAAUGACAAUUUAUAACAUUGAAAGCUUCAGAUCUGGUGAGUUAUUUCUGAAUUACAUUCUUGUAUUUCAAUUCAGGUUGUGAAAUACUCAGUUCUAUAUGGAGUCCGUACAUUUGAGAGAACGAUAUUUUGCCAGUACCUGUCUUCUCUGUGUGGAUGAUAGCUUUUACAACAAUGACAGUUACUCAUUGGACAGCUCUCAGACAUAUAUUUCGCUGUGACCUAAAAUAUCUCCAGUGAGAUUAUGCUAUGGGCACUGUUCUUAGUUAUGUAAUUCCCCUUACCCAGGAAAACCAAACAUUUUCCCAAAAAGACAAGAACAGUACUUUCAUCGCCUUCAUUAUUCUCAGCUUCCUUCAAUCCCCUCCUUUUUUCCUCACCUGAAAUUUACAUCUUCAUUGUCAGCUAAAUUUGUAUUUUUUUUUUUCUGGACAGAGCACAAGCCAGCUCCUUCCAUUAGCCGUGGGAGUAAACUGUGGUCAUGGAGAGCUAGUCGGCACUCCAUUCUGCUCCUCUCUACACAUACACACACCAUCACACGCAGUUCCAGAGGCCCCUCCCCUCCCCCCUUGCUAAGUUGAAGGCUGUGCAUUAACUUACCUUCAUCUCAGAGCGGGAUCUAAGCCUUCUUCUAAGAUCCUAAAUUGUGUUCCUUGAAAAGUAAGAAAACCCUCCCCUUCAGCAUCUGUCUUCAGUCACCUUUAAAUCAGCCCCUUUACAACCAUCCUGCUAACUUAGCAUCAAGAACUGAGGGAACUAAGGACCUUGCUAAAGAGAAGAAAACCUAUGAAGACUGGGCUUAGUUCCAAUUAACUCUGUCAUUCUUAAAUAAAAAGAAAGCAGACUUCUUCCAGAUGAUUGAAAGUCAGCCACUAGAGAUAUGAGCAGUCCGUGAGCCAGUGCUAAAAUAACCACCACCCCUUCCUGUGUAGACAGAAGACAGAAAGGAGAGGGAAGAAUUACGAAGUAUUUGGUUGUAAUCAGAACUACAGCUGUUUGAGGACAACUCUAUGAAAUUUUGCUGUAAUAAGACAUGAUACAGAACAUUUUAAUUAUAGUUCAUUCUACUUCUAAUACAAAGUAAAGAAAAACACUUUUAAAAUAUUACCUAAAUAUUUAGUUGAAACACAUCUCACGUGAGUAUGAUCAGAAAUUCCUACGUUGUACCUGACACCAGCCAUUGUUCUGGGUGUGCAUGAGAGGAGACGGGUCCUUCCAGCUGGUUUAUAUCUGGCAAAUGCUUGUUCUGAUUACAAACUGCAAUGUUUUAAAUGAUCAAAACUUCAUAUACCAAACCUGAUAGAACUAAAGGGCUUUGGAGGUGGGGAGAGGAUUACACAGUAUUUCCUGAAUGUUUCAAGUCAUUUUUUUUCCUUUACUUUUUGUGAUUAUUUCUAGCAUGCAUCAAAAUAUAAGAGCUGUUGUCUCUGUACUUUCUAAACAAAUACUACAGAGUCCUAAUGAAAUUUUAUAAUGAAAGAAGUCAUAACUCUGUACUAAGCCAAGCCCUCAUUUCAGAAUUAAUAGAUACCAUCCCAGAGAGGUUAAGGGUCUUGCCAAAGGUCACAAUCCUAGAUAGCGACAUAAGUAAAUCAAUUAAAACCCACACUGUCUGACCCCAUGGCAGUGUUUUUCCCCAUCUCACAAAACUUCAUCUUAAUUUGGACUUCUUGGGGGUGUUCAUGAGCACCCUCCAUGUUCAUACACUGCGGGACUUAUGGGCAAAUCAUUAUGCAGUGUGGAAAGUACAGGGGUCCAAUUGAGGGGACUGUUUUUUAAGUAAGAUCAUUCUGUUUUUUUCACCCUGUUGGUGCUGUAACGUCUCUAAAUCUUAGCUUGUAGGGACAUGAUAUAAAAAGAUUCUGAUGAAUAAUUCAAUCCUCAUAAACCAAGUCAACAGCAUUAAUUGGUAAGGACAUGUUAUAGUGUAAGUUCCCUGUGGCUUAUCAAUGACUACUUCACAGUUUAUGGGAAGAAACAUUUUUUAAUAUGGUCCAUGGUCGAGGUAUAGGAGUAAGAUAAUUGCACACACAAAUGCAUUUCACUGGAGGAUGGAGCUAAUAAACUAACAAGAGGGAAUCAAAUUCAAGUAUAAUUUGUGUAUUUAAGCAUAUAUAUAUGGCUUAAGGGCCAAGCUUUAUCAUAGAUCAUAUAUUUAUGCUUAAUUACUGAGAAUGUUUACAGCUUGUUUUUAUGAAGCCCUUCUAAUGAGGGAUUCAAGCUAAGAGAUUUUAAAUUGAAGAGAUUAAAUUCCCAUCUACUUUAAAUUAGGUUUUUUACUAUUAUUUUUAUUAAAAUAUAGGCAUUCCUCUUACCGCUUGCAUAAGUAGAAGCUGCAUUUUAAACUCAAGAUCAAAUACAAAUGCACAGUAAAUUUACUUUAAACUAAUGUUAAAAAUCACAUUAAUUCCACACUUGUGCCUGAAAUAAUAAGUACAGGAAUUACUGUGAUUACACCAUCUUAUAUAAUAAGUGCAGAAGCUGUGAUAUGAAGAAAGUGCCAUAUUAGAAACAUACAGAAAACUAUGAGAAAAUUUGACUACACCUAUUUUGUAGAUAGAGAAACAAUAGAAAUCCACUUUAAUUUGGAAUUAUAUAGACAGGGACAAAUUAAAGUUUAUUUCCAUACCAUCAAGCAGCUUCAGUUGGCCAGUCUGUUAGCCCAAGAGGGAAGCAAUACUCCAGGGGCAGGUGGUGGAGCACUGGAGAACAAAAGCCGGCAGGGAGAUUCCGGGGUGCUCUUUUAACAGCAUCCAUUGGGUGCUUUGUGCUCGCUCAGUGGAGGUAGUUGUGUGCUCAAAAAGCAGACACCCUGGACAAGCCUGAAUGUCCUUUCAGGUGUCUGAGCCUCUCCUAGGUCUCCUAGGAGAUUCCUCAAACCGACGUCCUGGCACAGGCUUCGCCCUGAACCUCCCCGAAGCUCCAAGGCAAAAGCCCGGUCUCCUUCUUGAGUACUUCUAAGGCCACACAGGUAGGCUUCCCUCUCCUGAGCAGGACGCUAGCAUGAGUACAUCCAGAAAGAUUUAACAGUUCUUCCCACAGCAAGUCUGAUAAGUUAGAAUAUUCCCUGAAAUGGGCAUGACAAAGGUCUCUACCAAGCUUUUCUAGUUACUAUUUGUUGCAUUUUAGAAUAGGGACUGAUUAAUCUGCCUUCUGUAGUCUUUCUGUUGUGCCUUGGAACCUGGAAGGCCUCUGUUAUAACAGCUUUCCAUCUCAACCCACACUCAGAAAGUGAGAACAAAAGGUCACCCCACCCUAGCUGUUCUUUCAUGCAACAAGGGAGAAUUAAACAAAAAAAAAAAAAAAAAAAACGAAAACAACAACAACAAAAAAAUGAAAGCAUGGAAUUUGUUUCAGCAACUUGAUAAAAUGAGGGAAACACAACAAACCAUUUUAGCUCUAACCCCACGUCACAGUGCUCUCAGGGUGCCCUCCUGGCUCUUCUAGUCUGCAAGGGAGGCUUCCAUAGUCCUGACCAGGAUGGCAAGAAUGACUUGGAGGCACUUGCAGUUUACCUAAAUGGUAAAAAGGGAAAUGUCUGCUUAGUUCAACUUAAUUUAGAUUUUUUCUAAUUCAGACUGAUUUUCUUCCCAUUAACCCAGAUGGAUCAUGGAAUCAAGGAGCUAGAAGAUCUAGUCCAACUACCUCAUUUUACAAAUUAACAGAGAACCUUUCAGGUUCAAUGUCACAGGCAAGUUUUAGUUUGUAAACUGAGUCCUAGACCAGCAUUCUUUCCAUAAGUGAUCAAUGUGGUAACCAGAAACAAAUUUAUUAAGUAAAUUUUCUUCCAUUUCUUUUGAAUUUUUGAAAAUUAAACAAGAAAUGCAUGAAUAUUUAUCCAUUAAAAAAUACCCAGUACAGAAAUACAGAGCAAAGUCUACCUCCAUACAAACAUGUGCUGACUAUCUGUUCCCCUUUUCCGAAGUAUUCCUUGUGAAUCCUUUCAGAAAUUUUUCUAUGCAUUGGCAUAUGUGUGUAUAGAAACUUAGAGAGGAUUUAAAAUCAAGUCACCUAAGGAACUAUUUCAUAGACCGUGUUGGCUUUAACUUUGUUGGGCAGAAGCAGGCAUUUCUGAGAUCCUUAUUUCUCUCCCGGAUGAGUCUCUAUCAAAUGUAGGAGUGAUUAGUAGAGACAUUUCACAGACCUGGUUGUGUACCAUCAAGCUCUAUCACAUCCUAAAGCUUAACGAUGAAUUUCAGUGUGCAAUAUUCUGGUUUUCUUAUUGGAAAUAAAGGGUUUUUAAAUUUUU